GGCAUUCAUAAUGUGUAUGUACUGUAUGUAGACACAUGGACGCUCAGUCUGGGUGAUAUUUUUAUGAUGGCUGUGAAUAUAGAGCGGUUUGUCAGUGAGGGUAAAGGAAAUGGUGUGCGUGCUCUGCGUGGAAUCAAACCCGGUGAAGUGAUCUAUUCAUGCGAGCCGUUUGCAUUCUGCAUAGCCAAGGAUUUCUUGAAAAACACCUGCCAAAGUUGUCUCAAGAGAGGCGAAAGUCUAUCGAGAUGUUCUCAAUGUAAGACGGCACGGUACUGCAGUGUUCAGUGUCAGAAACAAGCAUGGCUCGAUCACAAGAGAGAAUGUAAAUGCCUUCAGCGCCUCCAGCCAAGAAUCCCCACCGACUCCGUCCGCCUGGUUGCUAGGAUCAUUUUCAAACUGCUCAGCCAAUCAAAAAGUGACCAAGAGGAGCUGUACUUGAUAGCUGAACACCAGUCACAUCUAGCCGACAUGAGUGAGGAGAAGAAGGAAGGCCUGGGGCAUCUCUGCACGACACUGCAGGUUUAUCUUGGCGAAGAGAACUUCAAUCUUUCUGAGCUUCCGUCCGGCCUCGACCCCAUCAGCCUCCUCGCCAGGGUGACCUGCAACUGUUUCAGCAUCAGUGAUGGAGAGCUGCAGGAUUUGGGGGUGGGGCUUUACCCCAGCAUGUCUCUGCUGAACCACGACUGCCACCCGAACUGUGUCAUGAUCUUCGAGGGCAAGAGACUCACGCUGCGAGCUGUUAAGGUCAUCGGACCCUGUGAGGAGCUAACUAUAAGCUACACCGAUGUCCUCGCACCUAGCAAAGAGAGACGUUCCCGAUUACAGGAGCAGUACCACUUCUUGUGUCAGUGCGCUCGCUGUACCGCUGAGGACAAGGACUGUGACAUGCUGGCUGGAGAGACGACGGCGUGGACAUCCUUAAGAGACGCCAUCCCUCACCUGGAGCAGCUUCAGUCUGAGCAGCACUGGGAGGAGUUGUUGAAAGAGAGCCGAGCUCUUUUGCACAGAUAUGCAGAUGUCAUCCCGGACAGGAACAUCUAUGUGCUCAGGCUGCUGGAUCUGGCCAUGGAUGCUUGUAUUAGUCUGGAUCGCUACGAGACGGCACUGGAGUACGGCAAUAGGGCUCUGGGACCUUACAAAUUGUACUUCUCCGACCCUCAUCCGUCCCGAGCGGUGGAGCUGCUGCGUGUGGGGAAGCUGCAGCACUACCUGGCCCGACUGAAGGAGGCUCACGGGAGCUUCACACAGGCCUAUGACAUCAUGAAGGUGACCCACGGGACAGAGCAUGCCCUGACUGAUGAGGUGAGGAGAAAACUGGGCGAGUGCCAGGCCGAGCUGGGUGAAGUCUAGACUGAACCCCUGCGUCAUCAUAUGGAGACUGACUCUGACAUGCUGGCUGUCAAUCAACCCGCCGCUGGAUUCGCUCUCAAAUGGAAAGUUUCAGGAUGCGUGUGUCUGGCACCUGCGUUUGUGCCCCUGUGUAUCAAACCAGCUGGCUUAG